UGAGGCUAAGAGCAGGCUUGGAGUGAGCUGGAAAAUCUUGGGUGCCGCGGUUGCUCUCCUCUUCCAAAUAGCUAUGGCCUGGCAGAUGGAGCCUAUAUUAAGCCCCUGCCUCUCUGCUGCCUGGCUCGGAGGCAGCAAGGCAGCUGGCCCGCUCUCCAUGUGUCCCGCUGCCUUUUGGCCACCCCACACAAACACACACUUGAACCUGGAGACCAGUUCUAACCAACAGAAGAGGCUACCUCAGGGCUAAAGAAGACUUCUGGGACAACCCACUGCUGUGUAAAGAGAAAACAUGACCCCCAUGUCAGCUGGGAAACUGUCAGCUCUCUUUGGCAGCGACCAGGUGAUGGAUGUCCAUGGCUCGGGACUGCUGUGGCUGCGAUGGUCUCAAGCCCCCCCCACCGUGCGCAUCGUGCACUCGGGCCUGGCGUGCAACAUCGAGGAGGAGCGCUACUCGGAGCGGGUCUACACCAUCCGCGAGGGCGAGACGCUGGAGCUGACCUGCCUGGUCACGGGCCAUCCUCGGCCACAGAUCAGGUGGACCAAAACAGCAGGAAGUGCCUCUGACAGAUUUCAAGACUCGAGUGUCUUCAAUGAAACCCUGAGGAUAGCCAACAUCCAGCGACACCAAGGAGGCCGCUACUACUGCAAGGCCGAGAACGGCUUGGGCUCGCCGGCCAUAAAGUCCAUACGAGUGGACGUGUACUAUUUGGAUGACCCGAUAGUGACAGUCCACCAGAGCAUAGGGGAAGCAAAGGAGCAGUUUUACUAUGAGAGAACUGUGUUUCUCAGGUGUGUUGCCAACUCCAAUCCACCUGUUCGGUACAGCUGGAGACGCGGCCAGGAGGUACUGCUGCAAGGCUCUGAUAAAGGAGUUGAGAUCUACGAGCCCUUCUUUACACAGGGGGAAACGAAGAUCCUGAAGCUGAAGAACCUCCGACCUCAGGACUACGCGAAUUACAGCUGCAUCGCCUCGGUGAGGAAUGUCUGCAGCAUUCCCGACAAGAUGGUGUCCUUCCGACUCUCUAACAAAACAGCAUCCCCUUCAAUUAAGCUUCUUGUGGACGACCCAAUAGUGGUGAACCCUGGGGAGGCGAUCACCUUAGUCUGUGUGACAACAGGAGGGGAGCCAGCCCCCAGCCUGACGUGGGUGAGGUCCGCUGGCGUCCUGCCCGAGAAGACGGUCCUCAACGGCGGCACACUGACGAUACCUGCCAUCACAUCGGAAGAUGCUGGCACAUACAGUUGUGUCGCCAAUAACAAUGUUGGAAACCCUGCAAAAAAGUCCACCAACAUCAUUGUAAGAGCCUUAAAAAAAGGACGUUUCUGGAUCACCCCUGACCCAUACCAUAAAGACGACAAUAUCCAGAUUGGGCGAGAGGUGAAAAUCUCCUGCCAGGUGGAAGCCAUCCCUUCGGAAGAGCUGACAUUCAGCUGGUUCAAAAAUGGACGCCCCUUGCGAAGCUCUGAACGGAUGGUCAUCACACAGACUGACCCCGAUGUGUCGCCUGGCACCACGAACCUGGACAUCAUUGACUUGAAAUUCACAGACUUUGGGACAUACACGUGUGUGGCAUCUCUGAAAGGAGGCGGCAUAUCGGAUAUCAGCAUUGAUGUCAACAUCUCCAGCAGUACGGUCCCACCCAAUUUGACUGUUCCUCAAGAAAAGUCCCCCCUGGUCACUCGGGAAGGGGACACGAUCGAGCUGCAGUGCCAGGUGACAGGAAAACCCAAGCCCAUCAUCUUGUGGUCCCGAGCCGACAAGGAGGUCGUGAUGCCGGACGGGAUGAUGCAGACGGAGAGCUACGAUGGCAUCCUGAGGAUCGUGAACGUGUCCAGGGAGAUGACGGGAACCUACAGGUGCCAGACCAGUCAGUACAACGGGUUUAACGUGAAACCCAGGGAAGCCUUAGUACAGCUCAUCGUGCAGUACCCCCCCGCCGUGGAGCCGACCUUCCUGGAGAUUCGGCAGGGCCAGGGCCGGAGCAUCACCAUGAGCUGCCGGGUGCUGAGGGCAUACCCGACGCGGGUGCUGACCUACGAGUGGCGGCUGGGCAGCAAGCUGCUGCGCACGGGCCAGUUUGACGUGCAGGACUCCACCGAGUACACCGUCAGCAGCCUCUCCCGCGACACCUACGGCAUCUACAACUGCAACAUCAUCAACGAGGCGGGUGCCGGCCGCUGCAGCUUCCUCGUCACAGGCAAAGCCUAUGCCCCCGAGUUCUACUACGACACUUACAACCCCCUGUGGCAGAACAGACCCCGUGUUUACUCCUACAGCCUCCAGUGGACCCAGAUGAACCCCGACGCUGUGGACCGCAUCCUUGCCUAUCGCCUAGGGAUCAGGCAGGCUGGACAACAGCGUUGGUGGGAGCAGGAAAUUACAGUGAAUGGAAACAUUCAAAAGGGAGAAUUAAUUACCUACAACCUCACUGAGCUGAUCAAGCCAGAGGCAUAUGAAGUCCGACUAACACCCAUCACCAGAUUUGGGGAGGGGGACUCAACCAUUCGGGUCAUCAAGUAUAGUGCUCCAGUAAAUCCACACCUACGAGAGUUCCACUGUGGCUUUGAGGACGGUAACAUUUGCCUUUUCACUCAAGACGAUACAGACAAUUUUGACUGGACAAAGCAAAGCACUGCCACCAGAGACACAAAAUAUACCCCCAACACUGGGCCAAAUGCAGAUCGGACUGGCUCCAAGGAAGGUUUCUACAUGUACAUCGAAACAUCGCGCCCCAGGCUGGAAGGAGAAAAGGCCAGACUUGUCAGUCCCGUUUUCAGUGUUGCUCCAAAGAAUCCUUAUGGAGCUACGAACACAGCCUACUGUUUUAGCUUCUACUACCACAUGUAUGGACAGCACAUAGGAAGCCUGAACGUUUACCUGCGGUUGAAAGGACAGACCACGAUAGAGAACCCAUUGUGGUCUUCAAGUGGAAAUAAGGGCCAGCAUUGGAACCAAGCCCGCGUUAAUAUAAACCCCCCGACUUCAUUUCAGCUCAUAUUUGAAGGGAUCCGGGGCCCAGGCAUUGAAGGUGACAUUGCUAUCGACGAUGUAUCAAUUGUGGAAGGAGAGUGUAUGAAGUCCGACCAGCCGGCCAACAAUUUACGAUCAGGUGCUGUUGGGACAUUAGCGCAUAUACGACUUAUCCCAGUUAUCAUCCUCAUGUCUGUCUUAAGUCAUCAGAGGUGACCUUAUCCUGGCAGAGGCUACAAAAGAUUCACCAGGCACUGGCAUGAAGAAAGAGUCUUUGUAAAAUGGACAUUUAAAAACAAACUACCAAAGAUUCCUCCACUGACUGACUCAAAAGUUAAAUAAAUACAUAAUAAAUAAAAAAAAAUUAAAAAGCACUGGGGACAUAAAAGGCAUCACAGGAGUGUAACUCACUAUGAACCACGUGUGAGAACGAGAUCUGGCCUAAGUAAGGAAGAGACCUUCAGGUGCUUUUGUGGUCAAUAAUGAAUACAGCAUCAUCUGGUUGAACUCUCGGAAAAGAGCUAUAGAAACCCUUGUCAAAGCACAAAGUCAUGGCUGGUUUUGUUUCAAAUGAAUAGUUUGCUUGUUACCAUGGAAACCUAAUGGCCUGCCAAAAAAAAAAAAAAAAGGAAAAAAAUGGAGAGAGAGAGGAAAUAAUAAAAAUAAAACACAGAGAGAGAAACACCUCACUGUAAACAGGGUAUGUGAAGAGCUGGCAUUCAUUUUCCCUUCAAGAAGGUUUUUAGCAUAGAGUUAAAUAAAUGUAGGCCCUUUUGCCUUUGGCUGUCACUUCCCCUAGAGAAUAACCCUAAAUCAGAGCUGUUUUAAGACAUUUAUGUUUCAUUUCUCAUGGCUAUGCUUGAUAACUGUAUGCUGUCUCCUUUUGCAUGCAUUACUAUCCAGGAUGUGCGACCUGGGCUUACAUAUUACACAGGCUUAUCGGAGCUUGCUUGCGGCCACUCGAACACCCCUCUCCCCUCCCCAACUAAGUCAUCUGUUCUAAUGAAGUGAAGAAACCAAACCACCGUCUUUUAUAAAUUGCCAUGGAAACCAAGUGCCUUCAAUGAAACAAGCCUGAUUUAAAAAAAUAUAUAUAAUAAUAAUAAUUUCAACACAGAAGCUUGCACUGCUAAAAUGUGGUUUGUGCAAACUAUUUUCUAAACAAACUACGGAGCCUGGGUGUGCAGACUGCAGGCGAGGAAACGAAGCCGCUCCUGGAGAUGGAUGGACCUAAGCUGCUGCGUAAGCCCUUUCGGAUGAGAUAUUUGUUGUUUAACCUUCCAGACAGCCAUGGCCUUUCAGCUUAUUAUCCAUUAGAAAAUAGCUUCCGUUGGUCCUGGAAAUGGGAGCAGCACUUUUGAUUUGUUUGGUUUGUUUCAGGUUAUCAGGUGGGUCAACCAGAGGAAAAGGUGGUUAAGAUGCACUUAGCGCCGGUGGUCAGAGGCAGAAGGGGUUUUCCUCCCCUGACCUCGGCAGGCAAGGCUGUACGGGCCCGGGGUGCGCGUGGGGACGGCGGCGCAGGGGGACACGAGGCCACUGCCACGCUCCACAGCUGUGGGGGCACAGCCUGGUGCUGGCGACGUGCGGGUGGCGCGGGGCCUCUGCCUGCGUGGGCAGGGAGGGGGGUCCUGGUAUUGUGGCGAAGUCUAAAAUCCACUCUUGUGACAAAAGGAAAGCUGUGCACGUGGUGUUGCAGCUGCCUGAACACGUACCGUUAGCCAGCCAGUUUUCCACUGCAUUGUAAAUUUCCCUGACAGUUGGUUAUGACAAUUUGAAGACCUUUUUCCUUAAAUUAUCUCAGCUUUUAACUUCAUUUAAAAGAAAAAAAAAGACUUUUGUCUAAAGAAGAGUAUUAUUAUUAUAAUUAUUAUUAUUAUUAUUAUUAUUGUGUUCUCUCAACACCCUAGGAUUAAAAAAACUGAUAUGCAAGUAAUUGGAGUACAAACAUGAAAAUAAACAAACAAAUGAGUAUAAUAUUUGCAAAUAUGAGUAUAAAAAGCACAACGAGAUGCAGUAAAACGUUGACAAGGCUUGAUUUUUUUUUAUUCUGUAGAGAACUGUUUGUGCAAAUUCAGUAAUUCAACUGAAGAGAUAAUUUUACAGCUAUGUUCAAUAAAGCCUCUUUCCAGGUAAGG